CCAAAGUAGCGGUGUUUUACUCGAUCAUUACUCGAUCAAAACUCCCAACUGAAGCUUGGACGACGCCUUAGAACCCCUUGGAUCCCCUCAAAUGCACCGGCGGCGGCAGAGCCUGCGAAGAACAAGAGCCGAUAGGCACACAAAUCCGGGACAAGGCCUCGAAGCUAAAGGAGACGAAGGAGGAGCAGGAGCAGGAGCAAGCGCAUCGGGGCUACCGACUAACAUUCCGAGAACGGCCGACACCACUGCAGCGGGCUCCCACGAGGCAGGUGGCGCCUAGAUCGGGGAACGGCUGCGUCCGAUGACGGGGCGGCCAAUCAGGUUCUUCUGAUAACAACAUUCGAAGAAAAGAUUCAGGGUCCCCGUCUCUCCCCCGACCUUCGUCUCCCUCAUAGGAAAGUGAGAGAAGGGUUCGAUAACGCACCCCACACAACUACACUUCGGCUAGGACACAGAGGCCGACGGCGCGGUGCAGCCAGACUUGUUGGGAUAGGCAACGGGCGAUGAAUAGUGGUCAACAACACGACAGCAGACUUGGCGGCGUGGAGGCGUCCUGGGACGGCCUCGGCUUGCUGAUCCCCCCUUCUUCGCCUUGUGUGGCCGAUCCUUGAUACGCUCCUUUGUCCUUUGUCCUGUCAGAAGGCGUUGUUUAUCUUAUCGGGAUCUGAAGAUGGAAGCCCAGAAGAAUGGAUGGAAGGGAAUGCCUGGUCUGGUAUGGGGGGCCCGUCCCGCCGUCCACCUCUGUUUGGGCUCGGUGUGUGGUGGGCUGUGGAUCGAACAACGGACGACUGUAUUCUGAGUAAGAUUCGAGACGGCGGUCCUUCUUUUCCUCCUUCUUUUCCCCCCUGAUUCCCUUUUCGUUCCCUCUCUCUCUCUUCCUUAGCCAGACUGUCUCUUCGUGGGCAACUCAUGAGAGUAUAGCAUCAGUGUUCGGAUACCCGAAUAAACUCACCUUCACUUGCACGACUCAUAUCUAUCUCACUAACCUCAAUAUCUCAAGCCACAUCGUUCGUCUCUUAUCUACCACACCAUUUCCCCCGCCACCCCGCGAUCAAGAUAAGCUUCCACCCCCCCGAUACCCUGGCCCAGAAGAAGCAGCAACAAGCUGUCUGAGAACGUCUUUUCGUGGGGAAAGCUCUCCGAGACUCAACCACCUUUGCCUUAUCGGGCCAGGACCUCCCCAAGCUCCAGGACGAGCUUAUCGCGAACCCUCCCGACCCUCGUCACCAUGACCGUCCCCCAAGACACUGCGCCGGCGCCCCUCGUGGUUCUCGUCUCAACACGCGCUGUCCUUACCUUUGCCGAAGAUAACCUUGUCCUCACUCCCGCAACGAUAACGGUCUCCCCAACCACCGGCAAGAUCGUCGACAUCGUCCCCGCCGUCCUCCCCAAGACCUCCUUCCCGGCCUCGGCGCUCUACGUCAACUACGGCUCCAAGCUCCUGCUGCCCGGCCUCGUCGACGCUCACGUCCACCUCAAUGAGCCCGGCCGCACCGAAUGGGAGGGCUUCUGGACCGGCACGCGAGCCGCUGCCUCUGGUGGCGUGACCACCGUCGUCGACAUGCCCCUCAACGCCAUCCCGCCCACCACGACGGUGGCCGGCUUCAAGGAGAAGCUCGCCGCGAGUCGAGGCCAGUGCUGGGUGGAUGUCGGCUUCUACGGCGGCGUCAUCCCCGGGAACACAGAUGACCUGUUGCCUCUAGUCGAGGCCGGCGUGAGAGGCUUCAAGGGCUUCCUCAUCGAGUCGGGUGUUGACGAAUUCCCCGCCGUCUCAGCGAAAGACGUGGCACUCGCCAUGGAGAAGCUCAACGGCACGCCUACCACGCUCAUGUUCCACGCCGAGAUGAUCCCCCCCAUCGCCGACUCGGUGGGCGAUGCCGUCCAGCAGUCCGAGCCGCCCCUGGCUCCCACCGGCGAGCUGCACUCUUACCAGACCUUCCUCGAGUCCCGCCCGCCCUCCUUCGAGACAUAUGCCGUCGAGGAGAUCCUGUCGCUCGCCCACCUCGCGCCGGAUCUUCACCUGCAUAUCGUCCACCUCUCUGCUACCCAGGCCAUCCCCCUUCUCAAGGAGGCCCGCCAGAGGGGCAUCAACAUUACCGCCGAGACGUGCUUCCACUACCUUGGCUUCGCGUCCGAGGACAUCGCCGACGGCGACACCCGCCACAAGUGCUGCCCGCCCAUCCGCGAGCGCUCUAACCGCGACGGCCUGUGGGAAGAGCUCGUCGCCGAGGACUCGUGCAUCAAGACCAUCGUCUCGGAUCAUUCCCCUUGCACGCCCCAGCUGAAGCUCCUCCCUAGCCACCUCGAGGCCACGCCACUGCCGCCUUCCUUGCCGCCAUCCCCCCCAGCCGAAGACGCCCACGCCACCAACAUGCACCACUCGGACUCGGGCGUCGACAUGACGAUCCCUGGCGAGACCGUCGGCAAGAUCCUCGCCGAGAAGACGCUCGAGGACGCUGCCCUGGCCGUCGCCGACGCCAGCUCGCGGGGAGACUUCUUCGCCGCCUGGGGCGGCAUCUCCUCCGUUGGCCUCGGCCUGCCGAUCGUCUACACUGCCGCGAAGGCGCGCGCCGCCGAGAACCCACACGCCACGGCGCCGUCCAUCGUCGACAUCGUGCGCUUGUGCAGUCAGGCGACGGCGAAGCAGGUCGGCCUGGCGCACCGCAAGGGCGCGUUGCGGGUGGGCAUGGACGCCGACAUCUGCGUAUUUGACGACGUCGACGCAUGGACGCUGCGGUCCGGCGACAUGCGGUGGAAGAACCGCUGCUCGCCGUGGGAGGGCCACGAGUUCGCCGGCCGCGUUCGGGAGACGUGGGUCCGCGGCCGGAAGGUCUUUGAGUACGGCGGAGCGAACGGGGGCUUUGUCUGCGAGGGUCCGCUUGGCGAGGCUAUUACCGAGAAGCGCGUGGCUUGAGAAGCAGAGUUGGUUCAAUCAUGUGAGAUGUGGCAUGGAGAAGAGUGAUGGAUUGGAUAAGGCGCAUUUUUCCGCGAGCGAUGUCUUGGGUAGGCGCCAUCGGUUUGGAUGCAUGGCGUUGGCUAGGU